UGGGGUUGUGAGCUUGUAGCGCAUAUAGCGCUAGGAAGUGCUUCCAGCAUGUCGGAAAGCCAGCCUAUGUCUUUGGAAGCCUUCCGUGCGAAGAAAGCGGCUCAGGCUGGUCAGAAAAAGCAGCCAGUGAACUCGAGCUUGACUAAGUCGCGUACAACUACAACGACAAGCAAGUCAAGUACAUCAGCAGCAGCGAGUAAGAAAGGAAUAAAUGGUGAAGGUUCGAGUUCGUCUUCCACAAAAGUCCCUUCUGUCUCUGAACGACAGGAUCGAGCGCGUCAGAUACGCGAGCAGAAACAGGCCGAACGACUGAAACAACUGGAGGAGUCGAAGGUUCGUGAGGCUGAACGCAAAGCUGCUGCAGAUGAACGAAAGAAGCGACAAGAUUUGAUGGAAAAGCAAAGGAAAGAAGACAUGCUCAAACGCAGUAGAGACAGACAGACCGCGGCCGUGGCAAAGAAGACUUCUUCUGGAAUUCCGGUCGCUAGGAAAAGCAACAGCAGCAGCUCGAGGCAGAAAUCAGCUGCAGGGCCGUCGCUUUCACCAGCAACGCGCGUCAAGUCUAAGACUCUUGUGACUGCGUCUGCUGGUUCUUCUUCUCCACGUUUGUCGAGCUCGGCGAAAAGCGCGCCUUCAUCUCGGAUGUCUGCAAGAAAGACAUCAAAACCUGAAGACACUGGUCGUGGGAAAGACGAAGGUGAGGCUAGUCCGCAACUGUCGUGGUCUAAACUGAAGUCAAGUGAGGGCAACGUACGCUCUCCUCCGAAGCUUGAAAUAGACGAAUCGAUUUUAGCUGCAGCUGUGGCUACAGAAGAAACAUCUGAAGUAAGUGUGGAAACAGUAGGCGAAGAAGGACUGGCUGCAAAGAGAAAACAUGAUAGAGAGGCAGCAUCGCGACUGUUUUUAGAAGCCGAAAGACGAAGAGGAUCGGAGGAAAAGGAAGAAGAAGAGCAGCGGCUAUUUGAUGAACUAGAGAAGCUGACAGCUGAAGGUGAAGAGAUUCCUGACACAGUUUAUUUACGUGUUGAUAAGGAUGUAGAAAAUGAGGAAUGCAACAGAUUAGAAUGUGAUGAAAAAGAAAGGAAGGAGAGUGAUAGCAAGAUUGUUGAAGAAUCUGCAGUGAUAGAGGAUUUAAAUAAGAUAAAAGAAGUAAAGUUGCAAGUGGAAGAGAACAGGAAGGAAGUUCAAGUAGAAAUUGAUAACAAAGAAGAAGAGAGAAGAAUACAAGAAGAAAAGGAGAGAGCAGAGAGAAAGAAGAGACUUGAGGCGAUCAUGCAACGAACUCGAAAUAAAGUUGCUGCUAGUUCCCCCACAAUGGUCAGAUCGACAGGAGGAGCUAUAGUCAGUAAUGAGAAUUCCUCAUCUAGUCAACAUCAACCUCCAUCACACAAUAGAGUGGUAAAUCAAUGUGUUACUAGUUCUCUUCUUCAUGAUGAGAUUGAGAUGCCAGUGACACAAGAUGUAGAUAACGCAAGGCUUGAAGAGUCUCCUACUUCUGUAGAGGAAUGUGCUAGUGAACAAACGGUCAAUGUGGAGGAUAUGGUGGAUGUGCCUCGCUUGUCUGAUGAACUUUCAGAACAUGUUCUUGUAUGUCCACAACAGUCAGAUACAUUUGUGUACACAAGAGUUAGUGGUGUAGAUGAUGAGGAUUCUGUCAGAAAAGGUGUGGUACAGUUGGAUGAGGAUCAACACACACAAAGCAGACUGGAUAUGGGAGAAGAGGCAAUAGCUGUACAUGUGGCAGAAGUACAAUGUACAGGUGGAGAUUACAAUGAGAAUGGAUUGCAAGUCGCAGCUGAUAAUAAAAAGGUUGAUGGCAAAAUAGACAGACUGGACAAUCCUCAGUUUGAUUUUUCAAGGUUGUCUUUGGCUACUAAUGUGUGGGGUGAAGACUCCGAAAGAUCUGCAAAUGCUGAAAAGGAAUGCUUGAUGUUGGACAGCAGCAAUAAGAUUGGCUUGUCACCUGUGCCUUCCCCACAUCACACAACUCCAUUGCAUCAUGCUAAUACACAACAAGAAGACAUCCCUCCACAUUCUGAUCUGUUGACAGAGCCAGUUUCAUCAUUACCUGGAAUCAAUCCACCCAAAUUACCAGAUUCAGAUGCACCCAAUUUGCCAUUGGAUCUUCCCUCAACACCACCACCUUAUCUUCCCUCAACUCCACCACCUGAUCUUCCCUCAACACCACCACCUGAUCUUCCCUCAACUCCACCACCUGAUCUUUCCUCAACAACACCACCUGAUCUUCCCUCAACUCCACCACCUGAUCUUCCCUCAACAACACCACCUGAUCUUCCCUCAACUCCACCACCUGAUCUUCCCUCAACAACACCACCUGAUCUUCCCUCAACUCCACCACCUGAUCUUCCCACAACUCUAACACCCCCACCAGUUGUUCCAUCAAUGUCACCACUUGAUCUUCCUUCAACUCAGCCACUGGACCUUCCAUCUUCGUCUUCACCAGCCAACUCCUUACCACUCGAGUUCCCUGAGUCUGUGAUACCUGCUGAUCUUAGUGUCACCCCGUCUCUUCUCAUCAGGUCUGCAUUUGUGAGUGACAGUACAUGUCACUCUGAUGCACUUUCACCACACCUCAGUCGACCAGUACAUUCUGUGGACUCUGCUCUAGGCAGUCAUCCUGCUGGGGAACGUCUAGGUUCAAGUGAUGCAGACGAACCGUCAAGCAAUGUUUCUUUAGAUCUUCAGACAUCACCUCAAUUAGGAGAACAUGAACAGCAAGCCAGUCUUUUUGAAGAGUGUGCUGUAGACUUUGAUGUCGGUGAUCAGCACCGUGACAGUGGAAUAUCUGAUGAAGAAACUCCUCCUCUUCUAACCGAGUCACCAUCAAUAGAACUCGAACAAAGAUCACCUGCUGACUUACAGCGGCUGUCUCCUCCAGUUUGUGUGUUUCCUCAACUGCCAACUAUAACCGAUACCUUGGCGCAACAGUCUAUUGCUUUUCCAACUGUAGCAUCUCCACCACCAAUUCCAGAGUCAUCUCCACCUGCUCUAAUUGACUCUGCAUAUCCUAUUGCACCCGACACAGAGCCUCCUUCUUUACCAGUUUCAUUGCCUCCUGAUGAGUUGGAGCUACUUGUUGAAUCAAAAGCAGCAGUUACUCUGCAGGACAGUAGUAAUACAUCGUUUGAUUCUCAAGUGAAAUUCUCACAAGAAAACGGUCGGCCGUCAGUAGAGCGUAAUGAUGUAGAUGAAGCACAGCCACACGGGACAAGGUCUGAUUCAUCGGAGGACAUCAGUAGGGCAGACGAGUUGCUGUCUUCAAAAACAGACUACCAUAGUUAUGCUGUAACUUCCGAUGUGUCUUCACUACCUGUGAAGGUAGAUCACAAGGAGGAGUUAUGGAAACAUGUAGAACAUGUACUCAUGUCUACACUAUCGGUUGCUAAGGACAUUGAAAAGCAGAUGGGUCUUACAGCUGAGACAUCAGAUGAUCAGGAAAGGGAUUUGUGGUACACUGUUGAGUCAGUGGAAUCAACAGAGAUGAAUGUUGGUCCACUCCCUAGCCAAAGUUGUCAGUUUGGUGUGGCCUAUACAUUCAGUGAUGAUGAUGAUGAUGAUGAUGUGGUAUAACCUUUUAGGUCCUAUAUAGCAAAGUGGAUUGAUGCAAAUGACAAUAAGUGUGGACUGCUAAUCUUGAGAAAUACAUUAUAGUCAAGCUUCCAAGCUUGGGGAACCAAUUUAAAAUCUCUAUUCUUACUCUAAUACCUAAUUAAGUUAAACGAUUGCACUCACUGUGCGUGAAGGACAGAUAACAUUGGUGUAAAGGACGUUUGUGGUGUUGUAUUAUGUUGUUGUAGAGGCAGGGCCCUAACACAUUUGCUGUACCCACAAAUCACGUGCAAUAUCAUGACUAUCACAUGUUCGCAUGUUCAACGCAA